AUGGCUUCUUCCUCAUCUUCUUCUGUGUCUCUAAUGGCUUCCCAAACCCUAAUCCUUCAAAAAUCGACCUUCCUUCACCCUCGCAGACCCUCAAUUGUCUCUCUUUCUAAACCCAAAUCCAUUUUCUCUUCGAAACCCGUUCACCUUUCUCUCAAAAACCCUAAGAAACCCUUAAUUAUCGCCUCAUCUUCUUCCUCAUCGUCGCCGACAAUAGCCCCCAAUCCACCGACGGAACCACUACUCACCGGGUCAACCAGAACAAUCACAACCCUCUUCGCAAUUGCCCUCACAGCCUCCAAAGUAUUCGCUCAGAAGAUCGCCACUUUCGCCCUAAAUUUAAACCUCCAACAAAACGUACUACCCCUUACCGGAACUUUGUUCUUCGCCACCAUGAGCGGCCGACCGGCGCGUCUGCAUACGCCGUUGACUGUUGUGGCGGCCGGAAUGGCGAAAUGGCUUGAUAUUUACAGCGGGGUGUUGUUGGUUAGGGUUUUGUUGAGUUGGUUUCCGAAUAUUCCAUGGGAUAGACAGCCAUUUGUUGGGUUUUCUGGGCGGAAUUCUCAAGAGCAGCAGGAUGGGGUUCUAAGAGACACAAGUUACAAAACAGGUGUGCAAAAUUACGAAAAUGGGUCUGUCAUCUAUUCAAUAGCAUCAUGAAGGUUGGUCUUUUGGUGUCAUAAAAUUUUGCUUGUUUUCUUAUAUUUGUAAGCAAUUAGUAAUAUUGGAGGUACUAUUAUAGCAUUAGCAACUUUUAUUAUUAUGAUCAAAUGAAUCUAUUAAACAAUCGGCUGCUUGUAUAAUGCAGUGUAGACAUUUUUUAAUUGAUGUGUAACAAGUGGAAAAUGGUUGCUAUUUAUAUACGGGUUACCAUUCAAUUUAUUUAUACAUGAUUGUUUCAUGUGUUUUUAUAUUCGAGUUUGGAAUUGGUUUUGUAGUGGUUUUAAUCUGUAUUUUGUGACGUGAAUUUGUAAAAUGUUUACAAGAUUUGUUUUAUUUGUUGC